CCGCACUGUCUAUUCAUACACUGAAUAGCUUAACCUACUGCACAUGGCAAGUGAUGGUUAUAUGUUCUCAAUGACAUCUGUCAGUUCUUAUAGUCUCAGUACUGUUGUACGCUGCAUUCACUGUACUUAGUGGCGAGGUAUCCACCAUGUCGACGAUGUUUUUGACGGUAAUGCUUCUGACUGUUUCUCAACAGGUUUAUGGUGCCAACCCAUCGUUCCUGUCCGUGCACGGAAACCAUUUCCAGUUGAAUGGAGAACGCGUGUUCCUGUCCGGUGCUAACCAAGCCUGGGUCUCCUACGGCUAUGACUUUGGGAACAGGAACUACCAAUGGCGGGGAAAGGACCUAGAGCGUUACCUCAAAGAACUGCACCAAGCCGGCGGCAACUCUCUCCGUAUUUGGAUCCACAUUGAGGGCGCCGUGACCCCGAACUUUAAUGCCAAUGGUUACGUCACGGCUCCAGACAAAGAAGGCACUUUCCUGAACGAAAUGAAGACAUACUUGAGAAAGGCACAGGAAUACAACAUCCUUGUCUUCUUCUGUCUGUGGAACGGAGCCUUGGCCAAGCCAGAAGACCAUUAUAAGCUAGAUGGACUUAUCAAAGAUACCCGAAAGCUGCAAUCUUACAUUGACAAAGCUCUCGUCCCUUGGGUAAACGCCGUAAAAGGCUUUCCUUCUCUGGGAGGAUGGGACAUUAUGAAUGCCCCAGAAGGGCAGAUAAUUCCUGAUGUUCAGAACGGCGAACCAUGCUUUACAACCAGAUCCUUGAAAAACACCGGAGCGGGCUGGGCUGGUAAAACGUAUACAGCACAACAACUGUUACGAUUCAUCAACUGGCAGGCAGACGCUAUCCACCGGGCUGACCCCAAGUCUCUGGUCUCCGUGGGAACAUGGAACAUUCAAUCUAACACGGACAGGAUGGGCAAAGUUGAUUUCUACAAAGACUCCUGUUUGAUUAAGGCUGGCGGGAAAGCCAAGGGAACUUUGGACUUCGUACAGACACAUACUUACUCCUGGCAGGGAUCUUAUGACUCGUAUUUCCCCUUUUAA